AUGCAAGAUAUAAAGUCCGUUACAAUGACAACCAUGGACGGAUUGGAAUUUCAGUGUGCUAACUCAAACUGUUUACCAUUCGUUACUACUACUGCACCAAGCAUCCUCCAGUGUCAAAUCCACUGCUUACAGCAACCCCAAUGUAAAGCAGCCACUUUUCAAGAGACAACUUACAAAUGUCAAUUGUUUAACAACACCGCAGAUCAAAAUAGCAACUUGCAAGCAAACAUACAGGUCACAACAAUGAUAGUCAUCUCCGGAACACGAAUUCCAUUAGUUCAACAUCAACUACAACGAGCUCAACGUCGACAACAUCAAGCUCAACAUCAACUAGUUCAACAUCAACUACAACGAGCUCAACGUCGACAACAUCAAGCUCAACAUCAACUAGUUCGGUCUCAACGACCUCGAUACCAACAAAUGCACCAGUUUGUAGUACGUAACAAACGAAAUCAUAAUCGUUUUCUAUGCGCUGCACAAUAA